UGUGCGGUGGAGGCUUUUUCCACGAGUGAGCUUAGAUAGAUAGGAAAAAAUUAACGUUCCGCAGGAGCAGAACUAUUUCGUUAAUCGACCCAAUCCGUCCGGCUUCUAUUGUAGGCUCGGACGGUGCACAGUCCAUUGCGUGACACGGUGAUGCGGACAGCAACCCCGUUCCGCUUCAAAAGCCAUCAAUGUCCGCUUGUUCCCGCUGGAUGAUUAUGUGCCCGCAGUGAUCCGGGUGCAGCGAAACGGAGCAAACACUCAAACAACCUGGCGGCCCUAGCAACGGAGUGAAAACGAACUAAUAACGAUGGGAAAUCCAAGCUUAACCUACGAAAUUCUACUGUACCUCAACUCGUUUUACUUCGGAAUGUUCGCUACCUGUGAACUCGGAAUGCUCACUUUGAAGGCAGUCAAUUUGAAAUAUCCUGAUCACAUUCUGUUACGCGAGGCCUGCAUUCUGGUGGCCCUCUGCUUGGUAGAAACAAUCCGAAUCAUCCUGGGUAGACGGGGCAGCCUUAGCGACCAUGGUUGGCAUGUGAUCCUGUCCGUCUUUCUGACCAUCCCCUGUGGCAUGGGCGUAGGUUACCUGCUCUUCUACCAGCUGCACCGACUACGCCUGGAGUACAUCCUAUGUGCCUUAAUGUUAUCACUACAGGCAGCAGAACUGUUCUUUGCGAUACUCUUCGUAUUCACGCUCUGUCGGCCGCCUUCCUACGAUUAGUUUUGUAACCAUCGCAAAAACUGCCAAAGCAAACCCGAACGAAAUGUUCACAGAUUCAUUGUGGGUUCUCGUGUCCGACAAAUACCCUCCUCUGGUAAUUCCCUACGGCUUUUACCAGUUGCACCUGCCUGAACAAACAUUUAGAAGCAAUACCUAGUUGAAUGCCCAGUUAGAAACAGGUACUGCUAAAAAGCGAACAUAAAAAUCGAGCCUAUAAAGAUCUGCACACCAUUGUGCCCAUCAUCAUGUUGCUCAAUUUGGCCAAAACGCCAUGUGCCAUCGUAAGGCUGGUAGUGACUAGGUGCCAUGUAGUUUACAGAAUAAUGGUUGCAACCAUGACAGAGCAGACUUUUUAUGCCAUCUACACCAUGUCGUGUUGUCUAAAAUAAGCGUUUACCAAGGCACAGCAUACGAAAGGAGUGCGUCCGGUGGCGAGAUGACUGUUUCGAGUGGUUACUGCUGUAGGAUAGAUUUAACAUUUAACUUCAAACAAAUAUGCCUGCGGCGAAAGGUAGCUUCUUUUCUCAGUUUUUUUUCAUGCACCGCAUAUUCGAGUGACGAUACACACUUUAAAAUUAACAUUUUCAAUAUUUAUUCCUCGUGCAGUCCUUU